UUCUGUACUUUCUUUUUUUUUUUGAACUGAUGUGUUUUUCUCUCCCCCGUGGGUUGUGUGUAUGACAGAGGUUGGCCAAUCAAUUAAACUGGAUACCAGACAGUCCAGAUCACCCAGGAGCAUGUAAUACACCUUGUGCACCCUACAGGUGUACAGGUGUAGACUGUUGUGUGCGUAUGGUGCAUGCAUUGGUCCAGUGUGGUGCCCAAGCCUCAUUUAUUAACAUCUUCAGGAUGCAUGACUGAACCCAACAAAUCGAGUCAAAAGUCAGCAGAGCAACUGUGGACUAGGCCCUUAAAAAGUGUAAAUCAGUAGGAACCCUCAGCACAUUUCAUCUAGAUAAUGUUGCUGUUUUAUGGGGAUGCCAAACUGCUGAUUGGUUCAUCAAAACGAAGACCUCAUCAGUUUGCUCUAAUCGGAACUAAAACUAGAUUAGUGAAAGAAUGAUCUUAACACUCAUUUGUGGGAUCCAGUCCUAUGUGCCAUAUUUAUCUUUAACACUGGAUAUCGAUAUAUUUGUUCUGAUUUUUCCCUUUCAUAAUAUUGUUGAAUCACAUGAAUAUUACUCUUAAGUCCAUUUUCUUUCCUCAUUUCUUUUUCAAGCCUUAUCUUUCUGUUUAGAUUUCGCAUUCCCACCUGUCCACUCUUUCAUUUUUGUGUGAUCAGAAAAUACCUGACAGGAUAGCGAGUGUACUCUAGUAUUCACUUUCAGACAAACUUUUGGCACCACCCAUGUCAAAUACCCUAAUGCCUUUCCCUUUGAUGUUCACCUCUAUGUGUGCUCUGGGCAACCUAUGCUGGGGUCAAUUGUCACACCCCAGUGCACCCACAUAAUACCCCCUAAAGUGGGUACAAUGGGCGCAGGCAGGAUAUUAGGGGUGUUGUCAUCAUGAACCUCCAUUAUUAUUAUGCUCUUCAGAGAGAUGCCCUACCAUUCACACGUGCACUGGUGAUUUGUGCAUAAUGUAGAACUUAUAACUGUCAUGUGACAAAGACUACAUGUAUCUGGGGUUUGAAACAUUUUAAUCAAGUUGUGGCAGGCAAAUCAACUUGAAGUUUUCACUGCUUGUCAACUCUGGAGUCAACUGAAGUUUACUUCCUGCAAAUGUGCAUGGAACUAUUGGACCAUAUUACAACCCAACAGUCAAUUUAUUGUGAGUCAUUUUGUUUGGGACACACCAAUAGGCAGGUUUCCGGUGUUUCAUGGUGAAAUUAAGGAGAGUGUAUACGACUUCAAAAGUGAAUGGUUCUAAUCACAGGGAAGAAUUUUAGCACAGGUCUGGAGUUAAAAGGCAAGGCAGAGACUGGAAAAAAAUUGGUGGAGAAGAGGAGAAAGCUACUGAGACGUUUAGCUUCUCGAUGACGGUCUAAAAAUUCAUCACAGAAUCGUGGUUAUCGAUCAACAUGCUGAUACUGUGGAAUCUUGAAAGCGUUCUGUUGUUGCAGAUCACCUUUGCGUUGUCACUUGUUGCUCGCUCACAUUCACAAAACUUCACAGGGGGAAUCCCAGGUGUGGAGAGUGCGUGUGCCAAUAGCAAUGAGCAGUCGACAACAAUCCAGACUACAGACAUUCAGUACGAGUACCAGUUCCUUCUGACGGCGUCACUCAGCAACGUUCAGUUUGAUGCAAGGCUAGCUGACCCGGAGAGUGCACUCUUCAAGAGUACGGCCUCCGCUUUUGAAGCUGAGGUAAAACUUGAGCUAUGGCCUCUCAUCCAGAACCCUCCUCCCUCCAUGGUGGUCGUCUCUCUGGAUGCUGACAUUAUUCUAUUCCGCACCAGCGACCUUGGCCAGCCCGGCGGACUGACCCUUGAGUGUGUGCUUAGCAUCGACAGUGACCAAAAGGAUGCCGAAUUCCUUCAGUCACAGUUGCAGACAGUGGCUCGAGACUCUGCCGAGUACCCAAAUUUUGUGCCUCGGGUCUCUGCCUCAGUGAACUACUGUUUGCGAGAGGUGAUCCUAACCCAAGAGGGCACCCUAACCUGGCCCGUGACGGCCGUAGGUACGGACACAGGGACUGAAGAAUUAUGCCCUGCUGGCACUAGAUAUGUUGGUGAGCGUUCCUUGGCUCGCCGGUCCUGUAGCCAGUCUCCUGAACCACCCAGCCAUGCAGUGUGGGACCCCUACGUCUGCAUCGACUGUGGCAAGAUUAUCCAAGUAGAUGAUGCCCUUGGAGAGAUAUACAACGAGAUCAGACAGAAUAGCUCAGUUAUUUUGGACGGCGUGACACAAGCCGCUGUGUUGCUGAAUGAGGUCACAGAUAUCACGGACAUAGGCUUCAACUGGGUGGCACUGAUCCUGGAGUAUGUGGCUGGUUUGAACUCAUUAAGCACAGAGCUUCUUGACGCGGUGAUAAGGCUGCUGAGUAACCUCCUGAGGCAAGAUGGGCAGACCUUCCUGCUCGCCCAACGGCAGUCAAGCAGCUCCUCUCGCAUCCUUCAGUCCCUGGCCUCCAUACUCAGGGGGACUACCCUGGCUGGAGCGGCGACCGAGUACACCUCUGUGCACCCCAACAUCGCCGCGUCCCUGCUGGAUGUCCCACAGUCACGCAUCCAGGAGGAGUGGAUCAGCUUUGGAUCGGUGGUCAGCCCAAUCGCCGAUGCGCCGCUCAAUGAGGGCAGCGUGGGUGUGUCCACGGGACCAACACUGUCACUGCUGCCAAACAGCGAGGCAUAUGUGCAUGUCAAAGUCGAGGGACCAGUGUCCACAGGUACAACCACCGUAAGAACUGCAUUUGUCAUAUACCACAAUGCCAAGCUCUUCCAGUCCAUCCAGCCCCCUGCAGCGAUGACGUCAAUGGUUGCUGGCCGAGUGGUGUCGGCUGACAUCCGAGCCACGCAGAGCCCCGAGCUGUCUAUUAUCACAAGAUUCAAACCGUUUGAUCCCAGAGUGACCAAUGAGGAAUGCCGUUCUUGGGACCCAAGUCUGAAUAAUGGGCAUGGUGAUUGGUCCACACCAGUCUGCAUGCGCAACAACACAGACACCAGUGACAGGAUCAACUGCCAAUGCAACCAAUUUGCAGCUUUCACCAUUUUUGCAGAGCCAGACAGCGGUGGGCCAGAGGUUGUUGAUGGUGUCAGUGCCUUUGUGCGUGUCGCUGCUGUCAUAUGCAUGCUGUGCCUACUGGCUGCCGUAGUACUGUACCUGCUUGUCAAAGAACUUCGAUCCCGACGGGAGAUGCAGAUCCUGGCUUAUUUCUUCUGCGUCCUUGCCGCCUUUUAUCUCAUCCUGACUGCCGGAAUCGACCAAUCGGGGCUGGGCUGCAUCGUCGUUGGGGCACUCCUCCAUUACUGCCUGCUGGUGGCCCUGAGCUGGAUGGGGAUAGCGUGGGUCCACCUCUACGAUCUCUCCAGACGGAAACCCUGGCCAGUGACAUGGUUCCUGGCUAAGGUCUCCGGACCGGUAUGGGGUAUUCCUUUCUUGUUUGUGAUUAUCACUGUCAUCGUAGAUCCAAACCACCAUGUCACUCCCACUCAAAGAUGUUUCUUGUCAGCCGAUCCCAUCUACAACAUCAUUGUGGCCUUGAUUCUUCCCACUGUGCUCAUGCUGGUGGCCAUGGGUGUGGCCUUUGGCUGCACUGCCCGCAAUGUCAUCCUGGACAACGAGGAAAGCCUGGGUGCACAAGACCCGGAGGGUGUGGUCAACGUGGACCGCCCUACCAGGUGGUCCAGAUUCUGGAGGCUCUGGCAGAAGUACAUCAUGUACUCAGCCCUGAUCGCGCUGACUGUCCUGACUUCCGUCUUUGCUGCGGUUAUGGCCAAUAGCUCGGGGGGUGGGGCACAGUAUAUCUUUGGCGUGCUGGCCAUCGCCAAGGGCCUCCUGGUGAUCGGAGCAUUCUGCCUCUACCACCGGGAGGUCCGAGAGACCAUGCUGGUCAAGCUGGGCUACACAAAUGGCCCCGAAAGCAAGAAGUUUCAGCCGUACUGGUCUACGUCCAAGUGGCAGAAGAAGAACCAGCAGAGCGUGCUACCGGAGAUGGAGAAUGCUGCAGGUGAUGAGGACAGAGAAAAGAACCUCUACCUGGACAACACGCAGGGCUCCAGCACCCAGACCAACCAGGGAUUCAACCCGACCACCAUACCCCUUUCUGCCAUUGAGAUGAAGCGAAUGGGGGAAAACGGCGUGGCCAGUCACGUGAACAACGGGAUCGUUGUUGAGGCUGACUUCCAUGGCCCACUUACAAUGUCAGAGGACUAACUCCAAAUCAUGUACAUCUGUAUAUGGGUAUAAAUUAAAGAAAUUAGAGGUCCAUUUUUUGUGUGUCCCUGUUACAUCUGAC